AUGCCCCCCGCAAUAUCUACAUCGCUGCCCCUGCCAUCACCGUCCCCAACCUCCUCCGCGCUUCGAAAGAGGCCCAAAUCAAUUGCCUACGACACUACAUCGAGGUCUCGGCUAUUCCCGGCCAGCCCAACUCCCCGAUUCGUCUUCCUGCUCGCUCCAGACCACGAUACGGUAAUGGCAUACUGCUGGAGUGCCAUUACGCAGAUGAAUAGUUCGUCGGCGGCUGCGCUGCGUGCUGCUGUUGAGCCGGGUGGGUUUAAGAAGUUGGCCGUGGCUAGGGGGGAUUUGAUUUGGUUGUCGAGACACUUGGAUGUUUGGAGGCGGUUGUGUGUGAGGGCCCCGGAGCUGGAGGUGAUUGUGAUUGUAUGGCAGAACAAUCAUAGAUUUGCGGAGAGGAUUGGUGUUGCUGUGGAUGAGGAGGGAGGCGAAUCUGUAGGUUGGAGAACUAUCUUGGAAUGA